UUUAGCGGAAAAAUAGUGAGAAAAUAAAAAAAUUUGACUUCAAGAGUAAUAGAACAGGUGUGGAUUGCAAUUACGAUUUCAGGGUUUUAGGCUUUUAGCAAACAGCGAAGCAGAGACGAAGAAGUAAAACCCAGAAUGGGUACAACAAAAGACCCGAACGGAGCUCAGAAAAGUCGCGUUGGCCCGACCACUACUCUGGCUUACCUCGAUCCUCAAUACUGGGAUGAGCGCUUCACUACUGAGGAACAUUACGAGUGGCUCAAGGACUAUUCUCACUUUCGGCACCUCAUUCAAUCCCAUCUCAAUCCCAGUUCUUCUAUCUUGGAGCUGGGUUGUGGAAAUUCACAGUUGUGUGAGGAAUUAUAUAAAGAUGGGUUUACUGAAAUAACAUGCAUUGAUCUAUCUGCUGUUGCGGUGGAGAACAUGCAGAAGAAGUUACUGUCUAAAGGUCUUAAGGAAAUAAAAGUUCUGGAAGCUGACAUGCUAGACCUGCCUUUUAGCAACGAGUGUUUUGAUGUUGUUAUUGAGAAAGGAACCAUGGAGGUAUUGUUCGUGGAUAGUGGUGACCCAUGGAAUCCCCGGCCUGCAACGGUAACCAAGGUCAUGAAGAUGCUUGAGGGCAUUCAUAGAGUUUUGAAACCAGAUGGAAUAUACAUUUCAAUUUCUUUUGGCCAGCCACAUUUCAGGCGCCCUUUAUUUGAGGCUCCACAGUUUACCUGGUCUGUAGAGUGGAGUACCUUUGGUGAUGGAUUUCACUAUUUCUUCUAUACAUUGAAGAAGGGAAGAAGAUCACCAGAUAAUAGAAGUGAUGAGAAGUUAGAGAGGCCAUCCAUAAAUCUUUAUCAAGAUGAAUUAGAGGGCGAAGACUUCAUUUUCCGAACCAAUUUGGAUGAGCUCAGCUCUUAGAAAUACCUUGUAUUAUUAUUUUGCUGGGGUACUAUUUAUCUGAAUGUAAUUCGAAAGCGUGAUCAUUAUUUACUGAUCAAUGUUCUUACGAAAUCAAUUGGUCCAGUGAUACUGAGACGUUGAGACAAAUGGAAGGAGGGCUUAAGCCUCCAGUGCAUGUACUUGAUUA